AUGAAUCGACUUAGAGUUCUCAGGAAUUUGACAUUACCUAAAUAGUUUAUCAGAAUCAGUUUUUUAACCUUACCUUAUUUAAUUUAUCAUAACUAUCGAAAUAAUCCUAUUCAUUGUUCAAAUGAAGGUAAAUCAUAUAAAAAUAUGACAUAUCAGUUCGACAAAUGAAUUAAUAAAUGUUUGUUCAAAAUAUUCUUGGAAAUAGAUAAGAUUAUUUCUUCUUGGUAAUCUAUAAAGAAGAAGUAGAUGGAGGAUAUGGUGAGAGAGAAGCUAUUGAGAUUGCUAAAAAAUUGUAAUAAAUAGCUGAUAAACUUUAAAUUGAUUGUAUUUCAUUUAUUUAAUAUAGGUCAUGUUUAUACUGUGUCUAGACCAUCUUUAAAAUCUAUUACAAAAUUAGUCAAUAGAGUUAAAAAUGUAAAGAUUUAUGAGGGAGAAGAUUUUUAGAAAAUUGAAAUAUUUUUUAAAACUCCACAUUCAGAUGAUUAUGUUUACUUUCCUUUUAAAAAACACAACUUUUAUCAACAAAAUAAUUUAGAUAAAAUAUAGUAAUACCUAUUAAUCACAAUAGAACACGUGUAUCGAGAUUCUUUGAUUUGUACUAAACAGUUACAACAAAAGAAUAGUUUUAAUCAAUUAUUUUAGAAAAUUAUUAUUAAUUAGACUCUCCUGUUUUUAUUAAGUCUAAUAGUAUUGAUGCAUAACUUAAAUUAUUUAAGAAAAUUUCCUUUUAGUUUUUAGAGAAAAAAACAGUAAAUUAAAAUUCAAAAUUCCUUAUUAUAGAUAAUAAAGAACUAUGUCAAGAUUUGUAAUUAAAAGAUGAUGAUAUAUUAUUAUUAAGAAAUGAUAUCUUAUAAAAAUAUUAAAAUUGCAUUAUCAAUGAAAAUAAUCAAAUAAUACCAUAAUUGAUAACUAAAUAACAAAUUGAUUAAUUAAAAUAUGAAUCAUUUAAUGAAUGGAAAUAAAACAAUAAUAAACAUAUAUCAAACACAAUUACUGAUAAAAAAUAAUUAAAAAAUCAAUUCACAUUUGAUCUUUAAUAAUUUAGUUUACCUAGAGUAUUUUAUUUAAAGAAUAGUAGAAAGUCUAAUAUAGGAGCAUUUGUUAGAAAGAUCCAAAACAAUAAAAACUAAAAUGAUAAAUUAGUUGUUAGUCUAUAAUUAGAUCCUAAACAUUAAAAUAGAUUAGAUGUAAAAUAAUUUAUUAUUAUUUUAUAUAGAAUCACAUAAGGAUAUCAUUAUUUUUUAAAUUAUAUGAUAAAUAUAAGGAUAAAUUGGAAUUUGUAAUAUCAGCUACAAAUUAAUUAGAAGAAUUAUUACCUCAUUUAAAUAAAUUUUAAAGUAAGUUUGUUCUUUUUAAUAUCUUUAAUUCAAUAUCUUAUACAAAAUAAUUAUUUCCAUAAACUGCAAAACUUUAUGAAAAAUAUUUCUUAAAAGAUACAUAAUUUGUGGAGAGAUAUGAAAUAAUUGAUUAAUAAUUGAAUAAUUUACUUUAAUAAUCUUCAGAGGAGAGAAUAGUCAAUAUUAAUUACUUAUCAUAGGAUCUAGAUAAGAUUUAGGAAAUUAAUUUAGAUUAUUUUAAUUUUCUAUAGAAUAAUGAAAAUAAGAACAAAUAAAUCAUAUUAUAUUAUUAAAAUGAUAUAAUGACAGAGGCAUUAUUAUUUAUUUUGAAAGAUAUUAAAACAAAGUAGAUAUUAUAAAAUAUUUUAGUUUAAAAAUUUAUACAAUUUCAAGUCUAAAUUAAAUUCCAGCAAUUUAUUCAUCCUUUCCAAAUUAAAAUGUAUUGAUAAUAAAUGGUACAGCUAUAGGAUUUCCAAAAUUAAAUGAUACAAAUUUAAAUGAAUUAAAAAUUCAAGUUGAGAAUUUGAUCAAAUAAUAUUUAUGA